AGGAAAAGUCCGCCUUCCUGACGACCUCCAUGAAUGCCACCUUGGACGCAGGCGAGCUGACAGCCGAAGAGCUGGAGCCGACGCUUCAGAGUCUCAAGAUGAGGCUUCAGAAGGCCAAGGUGGACGGCAAGGAGAAGUUGUUUGAGAAGCUCGAGCGCCAGAUAGGCGUUGUCAGCGCCGCUAAGCCGGUGUCUGUGCCCAUUGCCGAGAUCAAGGACAUCUUCAACUUGCAGCAGCAGUUGGACGAGGUGCAGCAGCUCCUCCUGAAGCCGCGGAAAGACCUCAGCGCGGAGGAGCGCGAGAAGGUGAAGAGCAGCCACAAGGUGCGGCUGGAGCUGGACAUCGAGGCCGCCAAGGCGCGCUGCCAGAUGUGGUUCGAGACGGCGGAGGACUUCAAGCGCCGCCUGAGCAAGGCCCUGGAGUGGUACAACGCGCACCUGGAGGAGAUCAGGCAGCAGGAGGCUGCGGCCGAGAAGGAGCGGAAGCGCUUGGAGGCCCACGCCAAGGAAGAGCAGAGAUGGAAGGAGAUCGAGGAGAAGAUCGAGCAGAAGCGCCUGGCUGCCUUGGAGGCAGAGAAAGAUCUUACUCCGUCUGCCAAGAAGGUUGCGCAGCAGUCGAAGUCAAAGGUGAAGAAGGUGGUGGGAACGAAAGUCCACCGCUGCGAUGCAUCCCGGCGUCGAACGCGAGGACUCGUGUUUUUCGCGAGAUGGUGCAGUCAACCCGCGUAUUAAGAACAAGCGACGUUCCAAGGUUAUCUUUGCAUUUUCCCCCAUUUCGGCUGAUCCUUGCCCGCUUUCGCUGGCCGCGCCCCGCUUGCAAAGUGUAGACAUGGCCUUCAAGGCCCACGUAUCCUCAUCGUGCGUCCUUCUAAUACGGGUUGACUGGCCCCGAAGGCGCGGGCCCACAACGCACCUAUGUUGUCCACGGCUUCCGUCCUGGCUGUGGGAGCUCGGAUCUCCGCCGUGCUGUCGCGGCCCUCCGCCGCCCCCCCAGCAGCGGAGCGAACGCAGUUUUGGGGGUGGCGUGGCGCCGCUGUCGAGCCGAACGUGUCGCGCGCGCUUUC